GCCUGACUGAGCAGAAUCCCAUGGCUUCUGAUUGGCUGGAUCCCCGGAAUCCGCUCCUGCAUGAGUCUGAACUCUGAUUGCCGUUGCAUGUGAAAAGCCGCCCACCGAGUUGGCUUUUUCACGUGCUGGGCUCGGGUCUUGCGCAUUGAAUGCUCCCGCCUACCCUGCACUCAUCUCUGAAGCGGCCCAUGAUUCAUGAACAUUACCAGCCACUGGUCAUUGCACUGCCAAACAUAGCGCCUGUAUACUUUCCAACAGUCUGCAUAUUAUAUACUUACUGAUGCAUGCCUUUAACUAGCCCCAAUCUUGGUUGGGAACUUGUAGACCUUGGUGAACGGUCCAAAUCACGUGCGCAUGGGAUUGCGGACAUCCCACUUUGAACGGUAUGACGUGGUGCUUUUCUUUGCGACCUUUUGUACUCGGCAACAAACUGGACAGCGCAAUCACGAAGCCAAACCAUCUCACAAUGAAGGCUGUGAUUUCAUUACUGCUGACGCUCACCUCUGCUCUUUCACCGCCUCAACUGCCUCUGCAAGGCAACCUCCCGGCCAUCAUGUCCCCUUCCGAUGAUGCCCCCGCCCCUCAGACUCAGCCUGCAGUGCCCCUUGGGGACAUCCUAGGCACCCAGCGAUCCCUGACCACGUUCUCCUCAUUCUCGAGGCUCUACGAGUCAACAUCCUCGCUUCUACUCGACCUCAAUACCAACACGACCAUUCUCGCGCCCUCGAACGCGGCCAUUGAGGCGCUGCCGCGCAAACCGUGGGAGGAGCCAGAGACGGACGUCAAGGCGUACGAGGGCGAGGCGGGACGAAAAAGGGCACAGGAAAACUUGAGGAAGCUCGUCGAGGCCCAUCUUGUGCAGAUGAGUCCGUGGGAGGGCAAGGCGAAGACGGUCAGCGGCGGCCACGACGGAAAGGGCAGAGAGGUAUGGUGGGAGGAGAAGGACGGCAAGCGCGUGGUGAUGCCGGAUGGCGUUGAGGUGGAGAAAGUGGCCAGCCGUGUUGCCAACGGCGAGCUUUGGAUAUUGAAGGGCGUCUUGAACUACGUCUGAUAGAACACGAACUGUACGAGCUACGAUGUAAACAUGAUCAGGGUAUAUACGGCUGUGUGAAAGUAAGCGUAUGACGAUGAGGCCUGCGUCCAGAUGAAAAUGUCGGAAUGUGGCUUGUUCCCAUGAUGGCACAAAGCUGGGUCCUACGAGCAAGAGACGUCACGA